AUGUCGAAGAAUUCGCUGCUUCAAGCAGAAGGCCCGUAUUCGGAUCCAGCACCUAGCUAUGAGGAAUCUGUCCGCUCAACCACAUGGACUUCUCAGAACUCACACUCCCGGCCAACAGGAGAGAAAUCACUAUCAAGCAUCCCGUCAUCAGUCCCCUCAAUGAUUCGACAAGAACGCACCAGACGAAUCCAAAACCUGAUAGUCACAGAGAUUCUUCCUUGCUUCUCUUCACAUCUCACCAAUUCCGUGAACAAUCUCACAAUUGUCAUCGUCCCGUCUAAUUCUUUACCUGACACAUGCCAUAAGCUCAAUGCUGCAAGCCUGGUAACCCCUUCCUUCCAGAGUCUUUCAACGACGGGUGCGGUAAUCGCCUUGUCCGGGGAGGACAACCAAGCGAACUUCUGGACUCAACAUUCUGUGAUGCAAGAACUCAAUCUUCUUCUGCACCGCGAACUCACAGGGAAAUUCCCGGAGCGUGAUCCCUUGAGCGAAAGACAUGAACACAGGCCUGAAUCACAGUACGGCUUGAAACCACAAGCAAGUCCCUCAAUGCCUGAAAGACCACAAAAGAAGUCCUGGCUCAAGCGUGCGUUGCCACAAUUGCCGCAGCUACCAGGACCAGAACAUGAUCCGACUGGUGAGACUGGAAAGUGGAAUCUUGGUUGGAGAAGUCCGUUGCCUGAGAAUUUGACCGCCCAAGUGUUGAAUCCGGACGAAAUUGCUGUUCACACCAAACUUCAGGAAGCCAGCCUCAGAACAGAAUCCGAGAUGGGCCUGUUGGAGACCACGACAGCAAAAUGCAUAUGGAUAAAGAUUGAAGUCGGCAUCUGA